GAACACAGUGCCCUGGAGCCACAGAGCUGCUCACUCCCUGCAGGUUCCCUGCUCACUCAUCAUACCAGAGACCUACGCCUGGGACAUUUAGGAGAUGAUAGACAGUGAUAUCUCUGCUAUAAUGUCUGGAAUAAUAAGGACAUCAGGGCAGAAUCAUCACCCACAAAGCCAAGAAUACAGGCAUAUGCACCCCUCUCAAAUGGGAGAAGAGGAUCUUCCCAAUGACCUGCAAUCUUUGUCAUGGCUGACCUCUGUGGACGUCCCUAGGUUACAGCAGAUGACCACUGCAAGGAUGGAUUACAGUCACACUUCCCAGAAUUCUUUGAUGCAGCAGUCAGGGCAUUUGGCAAGUAAUGUGCACUCACCUGGAACCAUGAUCCACAUUCCAGCAAGUAUGCAACAGGGGAUUCUCGGUCUGAAUACGUUAACAUCACAUGGGUCUAAUAUGAGCCAAUACAACAUGGCAGGACAUGUGUCUCCUAGUUUGCAGGCUCAGCAGCCUGUGUACCAACCUCAUUCACAGCAAAUCUAUGCACUGUCCCAAGGGUCCCAGUGUUCCUCCGCGAAUUUGUACAACAGUUCUUACAGGGCACAAGCUCAGUUUACACAGCCACGCCUUGCAGCUCAUCCUACACAGGAAGUGCAGCCCAAGAGCUACCCCAAACCCAUCUAUUCAUACAGUUGCCUUAUUGCAAUGGCCUUGAAAAACAGCAAGACUGGAAGCCUACCAGUGAGUGAAAUCUACAGUUUUAUGAAGGAUCAUUUUCCAUAUUUUAAGACGGCUCCAGAUGGCUGGAAGAACUCCGUUCGACAUAAUCUGUCCCUAAACAAGUGCUUUGAAAAGGUGGAGAAUAAAUUAAGUGGAUCUUCACGCAAAGGGUGCUUGUGGGCCCUGAACCCAGCUAAGAUUGAUAAAAUGGAAGAGGAGAUGCAGAAAUGGAAAAGGAAGGAUCUUCCAGCUAUACGCAGGAGCAUGGCUAACCCAGAUGAACUGGACAAACUUAUCAUGGACAGACCAGAGAGUUGCAAAGCUCCUAGUAAAUUGGUGGAACCAGAAGUUCAAGCUAUGACAGCCAUAGGCAACAUCCCAGGCAGGAUUCCCCAGCACCAGCCACAUCCUGUCAUGACUUUGUCAUUACAAUCCAUUCCCUUGCACCAUCAGAUCCAGACCCAGGCCAGGAUAGCAUCAGGUUCUCCAGCCCCAGCACAGAGCCCUCCUGUUCACUCUGUUCCAGACAUGACCCACAGUCCCCUUCAACAGCACAUCAUGAGCAGGGCUGCUUCUGACUUUCUUAGCCUCACCUCAGACAUGAACACAGAGGUUGAUGCCCUUGAUCCUAGCAUCAUGGACUUUGCGCUACAAGGAAACAUAUGGGAGGACAUGAAGGAUGAGAGCUUCAGUCUGGACACAUUAGGAGCCUUCAGCAAUUCCCCUCUCCAACUUUCAGACUGUGAUUUGGGAACCAUUGGCCUAACCCCUGUGUCUAGCAGUGGGGAUCAUUCUUUCUCAGACUUUCAGGUUACCAGCCUGUAUACUACAUAUCCAGCUAUGGAAAAUGUGGCACCUUCCCAGUGUGUGACUGGAUCAGGAACCAAGCCUAUAGCUUUGCUUUAAUAGUUGGACAUCAUGCAUUUAAAGCCACUGUGAUGACUUCUGGGUGCAGUGCCAGGGGUGAAGAUGAGCAACUGAUGGUGUUUAGGGUGCUUUAUGAAUACUGGGAAACGAAACACUUGCACAAUCCACCCUGCCGCCAGCAAUCUGCAAAACAAGAAGCCUCCUGAACGACACAAAGCAUCAUUUUUUCAUUUUUACUGUACGGUUAUUAUUGCCAUUGCUGCCUCUAGAUCUAGUUUUUCAGUUGGACAUAAAAUUAAAAUAUUGCAGAAAUAUUUUUGGUGAAAUCAGUGUUGCAUAUCCAGGGUUAAAUGAAUAUUCCAUAGAUGAAGGCAAUUCCCUUGGUUUCUAAAAACAUUUUCUACUCUACUGAAUUUUACUGCACAGUAAAACACACAAUGUUCAACUUUUGGUGUUAAAGAGACACUGUCAACAACAAAAAGGACACAUAUGAAAGAUACAGAUAUAUAAAAUUAUUGCAUUGCUUGUCCUGCUGUAGUUCCAUUAGUAUCUACAACAGUAAAUGUCACCUACUCAUGCACUUCCAGUUUGGGAACCUUUCUGUAUCAGAAGGGCUUUUUUACUGCACUGCUGUGUGUAGCUUCCAUGCUUUCUCUUACUUACACACAGUCUAAUCAAUCAAGUAACACUCCCAAGAAAACUUCUUACAUUUUGGCUUUAGAAUUUUAUUGUUCCAGAUCCAACAGGGAUGCAGCUUUAACUAUUUUUAAUUGUGUGCUUAUAAACCCUCCUUUAAAAUUUACAAUUUCUAGAUAAUUUCACCGUCUAGCCAUGUACCCAGUGACUAACCUUGAUAUUACAUACUUAAAAAGGUACAGAAUAAAAAGUCCAAGUAGGUUGGACCUGGUUUUUGUUACAGCAGUUCUGUUUGCCAAGAAAUAAUAUACUAGUGAGUUUUUGUGACAAAAUCUAUUUAUUUUUUAUCAUUUUUAGAAGGAGCUUUUCUUAAAUUGUUACAUUUUUGAAAGAUUUGCAUAAAGCACCCAAAAGUAUCAAUACUGUGUGUUAGCAGUGCCUCCUGAACAAUUCCUGGCGGCCAUAAGCUGCCCAGUAGCUUUGGAACCCUGCCAAGCAGACACUGAGUUAAAAUGGAGGUAGUGCUUUAUUUGAAUAUAUAACAUAAGGUAUAGGUCAAUUUUCUGGAUUCACACCUGUUUCUCAAAUUGAGAUCUUUAUUUCCACCUUUCGAAACAAACUGGCAACAAGUAUUCCAACUAGCAAUUUACACAUAUAAAUUUGUAUUGUAUACAGCAACUCAUUCAGAACCUGGGAGCCUUUCAUUACUUUGGCCUGAUUUUUAUUUUUGUUUCGAGCUGAAAAAAAAAAAUCACUCUGUACAAAUUGUAGAAUUAUCCUUUUUCCUCAAACUUUUUUCCAUGUUCCUAGAAUAGUUUAUGUGCAUGUUCAUCUUUUUAUACAUUUUAAUAUUGUACUAGGCAGUAUUAUAUGUACAUUUAUUUAUAUUUAUUAUUGUGAACAAACCUUUGUAAAUUAAGCAGUUAAUUAUUUUGUUAAAUGUUGCCGCUCAUUUUGUAUCUUUAGUAAAGAUAUCUUUAUGUA